GUCAAUAAUUACAGGCCUACAGCAACUUACUUUGGUCGCUUUACUUUGUUCAAGAAAUCGUCGCUUAAGGCAUUCGGUCAUCGGUCGUCAAGUUGUCGCGGAAUCAUCCAGCCAUGCGCGCCCCCAUACGCGCCCUGUUAGCGCUGCUGCUGGCAGCGGCCCUGGCCGCCCCAGCGCUUGCUGCCCGCAGCACCGGCAUCCUGGUGCAGGAAGUCGAGGUUAUCUCCAAGCGCGAUGGCUGCAAGAGUGAUGGAGAUUGCAACCGCUCUGAGGCCUGCAUCAAGGGCGAGUGCCUGAGGCUCAAGGACGAUGGCGAGGUCUGCAAGGCCGACCAAGAGUGCAUCUCGGGCACCUGCCAGACCAGCUGGUGGCCCGCCGGCUCGGUGUGCGUCACAACCUGCGAUGAUUCCAAGGAGUGCCCCGAGAGCCACCCCAUCUGCAACACCUCGCCCUUCGGCACCGGCUCGCGUUCUGGCGGCUGGGGCAUGGGCGGCAUGAUGCAGUGGGCUGACAGGCAGGAGGAGGAGGAGGAGGAGGACGAGGAACACGCACGUGAGGAGGACGAGGAAGUCGAGGUGGAGGACGAGGAUGAUGAGGACGAUGAGGACGACGUCGAGGAUGAUGCGGAUGACCAGGAUGGAGGCAACACCCAGAAGCGUCGUCAGGCCCUGGUUAACUCCGCAGCCUUCGGCCAGCAGCGCGCCCGCAGCAGCGUUGACCGCAGCGCCAGCGCCGCCAUGAACAAGGCUAUGCGCGAUGCCGGCAUGUCGGGCGGCAUGGCUUCAGGCCAGCAGGUUGAUGUGGAGCAGAUGAACCAAGCUAUGAGCCAGCCGGGAGUGGUGGAGGAGAUGGCGGAGGCCAUGACCGAGAGCGGCGUGCCGGGUGCAGGAGCCAUGGCCCAGGCAAUGAGCAGCGGCGUUGCGGGAGAGAUGAUGGAGGGUAGCGGCGUGGCGGGAGGAGCUGCUAGGGGUGCCGGCUUUGGGAGCGAGAUGAUGAACGGCGGUGGGGCGCAGAGGAAGAAGGCGCCCUGCAACAAUGGUGGCAGGCGUCGUGCUAUUGAGUCCGAAAAGAAGAAGGCUGGCCGCUGCGUUCAGUGCAUGGAGGACAAGGACUGUGAUGACGGCUUCUACUGCGAGCGCAGCUACAAGAAGAACGGCCGCACAUGCCUGAAGUACGGCCCUCGCUGCGAGUCGUUCGGCGAUUGCCGCAUGGGCGAGUACUGUGACAGUGGCGCCCAGCGCUGCAGGCCCUAUGCCUUCUGCGGCGCGUUCAAGAGCAUGAUGGGGGGCUUUUAGGGGAGCCCUGGGAACCAAGGUGCCCACAACCCGAGCCACGGUGAAGAUGGGUUUGGGCAUGCGCAGCCUUGCCAGGCAUCCUUGCAAGAUGCCCGGUUGGCUGUUGGGUCCCGCUCUCCUUACAGUUGCUGGGUGGUUACAGCAGGGUGAUCUUUGCCAAACCCCCAGGUGCCUGAGUUGCUGAGAGGUAAUCGCAUGUGCGUGGUUAUGUCCUGUCCUUAGACUCGGUUUGAUGCCUGCCGAGCAGCUUUUAGCGAGUUGCACGUCAAGCGAUGGCUAACGUUAGACAAGUUGUGAGUUAAUGGGGGUUAGCUUGAUUGCAGAUUAGUUGUGGGCAGCAAAGUAUGUGUAAGGGUAAGUUUGACCGAUAGCCAGCAUGCGUAGUUGUGUUGCCAAGAACGGUAUUCAAGCAUGUUGGGUGUUUGCUUUGCAGGAGUUAGCGAGACGGGAGCGAGUACUGGUACUUGCACUCGCUAUGCACUCGCUGAAGCCUUGUAAGU